GUAACGUUGUCUAUAUAUACCCUGUAGAACCGAAUUUGUGUGGUCUCCUCAUAGUCACAGAUUCGAUUCUAGGGGAAUAUAUGGUCGAUGCAAAAACUUCACGUUUCUCCGAAAUAGCCAGAAUGUGCAGUGGGAGCCAGCGGUCAGCACCUCUUUCUGCUUUAUUACCUUGGACUCCAGGAGGAUCCACAGAGCCUGGUGAUAAGGAGUAGCCAUUCCCUUCAGAAUCCCCUCACUUCUACACAGAAGUUUCUGUGGAUACUGCAAACAAAACAAAAAGCCUAAAUGGUUGCAUGAAUGCAGGACAAAGGGACUGGGUUUGGGGGGGACCCGGAGCUGAGGUGAGAGGACAUCCAGCCCCCAGCCCCAGAUCUGCCCUGGAAGAGCAUGAGGUACAAAGGUGCCUGAUUAGGGUGGUAACCAGUGUUUGUAAUUCAUACAGGAAGAGGGGUAGCAGGGUUCUGUGGGGUCUGUCUGGGUGGAUGGGGGGGUGCCCUUACCACUUUCCUGGACCACCCCUCAGCUGCCUGGGUUGGGCAGUGGGGAGUUCUUACCAUCCCAGCAAGGCCCGACUUUGGCAAGAAACAGAGACUUGGGCACCCGUAGAAAGCUUGGUGGUUAUUCAUUGCCUAAUUUGUUUCAAGUCAGCCAGAUUCUGGUCACUUUUGGGUGACCCUGAUGAAGACAAAGCCGGGACUCUGCCUUUGUAUGGCAGAGACUGUUCCCGCGGGCUGAGCCGGCGGGAGACCUGCUUGCCCCGGUUUGCAGUCCAGCUCAGAGACUACCUGUCCCAGAAGCCUUUGGAAGAUGUUCCCGUGGACGUGAGGAUUCAUCCUCUCUGCUUCCUUAACAGCUUCGGGGGCUACUUUCAGGUGGGGUUGAGGGGGACAUGGUGUCAGAGGUUAGCAAAGUCAGUGGCAGACAAAAGCUGUAAUCACGGGCAGGGAGUGAGGGUGCUGAGGACGAGAACUUCGGGGGAAACAUCUGGUGGGGGUCUCAUAUGGGCCCUGGCGAUUCCCUGGCUCACACGUUUGUUAUUUAGUUAAAUUUGUAAAAAUUAUGAGAUGCUCACCAGCCCUGUGAUAAACUCGCCCCCUCGCGAUUGGCUGGCCUGGUCACAUGGCCUCCCAACUUUAUUCAGUUGACAGCAAGUAGGAGGGCCCUAUGGAAGGAGAAAAAAAGACAACACGAGAAAAAUUAGUAUUUUCUACCUUCUGAAAUUAAUGGCCAUGAGUUCGUAUAUGGUGAACUCCAAGUAUGUGGACCCCAAGUUCCCUCCGUGCGAGGAGUAUUUGCAGGGCGGCUACCUAGGCGAGCAAGGCACCGACUUCUACGGCGGCGGCGGCGGCGGCGGCGGCGGGCAGGGGGCCGACUUUCAGCCCCCAGGGCUCUACACAAGGCCGGACUUCGGGGAGCACUCCUUCGGAGGCGGCCCUGGGCCCGGCUCGGUGCUGCCCACGAGGGGUCACGCGCAGGAGCCCAGCGGCCCAGGUGGCCACUACGGCCCGGGAGAGCCGUGCCCGGCACCCCCGGCGCCCCCGCCUGCACCCCUGCCCGGAGCCCGGGCCUGCAGCCAGCCAGGCGGCCCGAAGCCGCCGGCCCCCGGCACAGCGCUCAAGCAGCCGGCAGUGGUGUACCCCUGGAUGAAGAAGGUGCACGUGAAUUCGGUGAACCCCAACUACACCGGCGGGGAGCCCAAGCGGUCCCGGACAGCCUACACCCGGCAGCAAGUCCUGGAACUGGAAAAGGAAUUUCAUUUUAACAGGUAUCUGACUCGGCGCCGUCGGAUUGAGAUUGCUCACACCCUGUGUCUGUCCGAGCGCCAGAUCAAGAUCUGGUUCCAGAACCGGAGGAUGAAGUGGAAAAAAGACCAUAAGCUGCCCAACACCAAGGGCAGGUCCUCCUCCAAUUCCUCAACUUCCUCCUCCACCUCCUCCUCCUCCUGCUCCUCCUCAGCCGCCCUAGGCCAGCAUUUGCAGCCUCUGGCCAAGGACCACCACACAGACCUGACGACCUUAUAGAAGUGGGGAUCCUGGGCCCACCCCUCCCUGCGCUCCCUCCUGGCUGAGCAGAAGCUGUGAGGGCAGGCCGGUGCCUGCUGUCACCUCGCUGGGCUCUAAGGUACUGUGGGGUGGACUUGGGACACUCAGGCCGACCUCGGACUAGGUUAGCAUCCUCCCCCCUAGGAGCUGGGCUAGGGGCGGGAGAGGGGAGGGCUUCUCUAAGUAUAUUAUGCUGUGGCAGGAGCUACUGAGAAUAUAAACCUUGGUGAGUCAUUAAACUCAUGAAAAUCUCCACUGUUGAAUUCUGAAUUUACAAAUUAAGGUUAGAUGCUUUAUCCCUGGGAAUCAGAACACUCUCCCCCACCCCACCCCACCCCUCCAGGGAUCUUUGUGGUUUAACUAUGUGGAGGAGUUGAGGCAGAAGGUUGGCCACCCCAGUGUUCGGUGCUUUCAGAGGAAGCAAGAGAGCUGGGCCAGGAUUUCUGAACUUUCUGUGUUGUCUAUAUAAUUUCUUUUGGUGUGAAAAAAAUAUGUUGCUCCCAGUGGCCCUAUGUCCAAAGAAAUGAACAUAAGAAAUGGAAACGGGUUUUUUAUGUUUAGAUUAUAUUUGCUUAAAUAUUUAUUUUGUUAGGGAAUGGGGAUGCAGAAAUAACUGACAUCUGAAUGGCAAAAAAUCCUAAGAUGGUGAAAGGUGUAGAGUUUUGGGGGAGCAGAAUUAGAAUUGUAUGAACUUACUUCUGGCUGUAAUGUACAUUUUGAACUCCACCCCUUCCCCACUCCCUGGAAAUGUGUGUAGGGGGCCCUUAACCCUUCCAGAGGGAAGCAAAGGGCCCACUCAAAGUUGGAUUCUUGAAAAUAUAUUUCCAUAUGUGCUUAUCCAGCACAGUGCUCACAACCAGUUCUGGGUGAUUAAAGGAAAGGUGGGGGGGCUGGUGGAGAGAAAGAAACAAAUGGUCCAACAUUUUCCUUCUGGAAAAGAAAACAAAACCUCUAUGUUCUGGGUCAUUAGAUAAUGACUGAAUUUUCUGUCCCAACUGGAACCCAAAUGCUCCAACUAUCCUACAUAGCAUUAUUUUACAGGAGUGGGUGGAUGGCUUAUAUAGGAGAGGGAGUGUGUCCUAUGAAACUGGGGACGUCUUGCUUAAAAAAAAAAAAAGAAAGAAAGAAAAAGAACACUAAUAAAAUCUGUAAGUCCAUAAAAGUUGAUAUUAGAGAUUUUUCUUGAAGUUUUUUUUUAUUUUUAAAACAAGUCUAAGAAGCUGAAAUGAGCCUAUCAAUUAGAAGCAGAAAGCAUAAAUGUAUCAAAACUUUGAGGCCUUCUCCCUUGCCUUGAGAAUAGAGGUUUAAAAACAACCACUCUGGGAUGGGCUCAAAGCUCAUUUUUCUCAAAUGUUGACCCUUAAGGAUCAGGGGGAAAAAGUCAAAGGUAAUGACCAGAGUUCAUAUGCUUAAAUGACAAGACUUCAGAAGUUUAAGCCUCAAUCAAUGCCUCAGGCUCCAGAAAGAAACCCCAAGUUGUAGCUACUGAAAAGUGACCAUGGGGUGUGUGUGUGUGUGGGGGGGGUCUCAGGCAAAAGGAGUGUGUUUGAAGGGAGAUAUUUGGGUUAUUUUUUUUUUAAUGAUUCAGAACACUUGAAAAGGUUUGCUAGGUCAUUUUAACAUACUAUAUUUAAAUGAAGGAGGCAGACUUUGCAGGCAUGUUCUUUGGUUCAGCGUCUCCUGAGAGCUGAGGGCAGGUAUUCACUGGACUCCUUAGGCUGAAAUUCCACUUCUCUAAAGUGUCUUCCAAGCCGUGGUCUUUUGUAUUAGACCCUGGGGACAGCUCUUUGUUCCUCCUUGGGGUGAGCCUGGCUCUCAGACUUGCACAUGGCAAUACUUGAAUAUCUCCAUGUCGGGAUAUUAAAGAUGGAUAUUCCUGCAUUAUUCACAUCAUUGUUUCUAUGACAAAAAGCACAGAGUUCAUACAUAGUCAAGACGUCUUUUUUCUGAUGCCCUCACGUUGAGAAGCUGAAAAGGUAUUUUACUGAAGUUCGGCUAAAUUACAGAAUCAGGUUCAUCCAGAGGACAAAUUUUCUAUUCGAUUAGCUGUAUUUCAGCCAGGAGGACUGACCUCUAAACCCUUAACCUUUUGGACUCUGACUACCCCCCCCUUUUUUUUUUCCCUUCUCUAACAUGGAGAGAAGUCUUUGGACACAGCAUUGAAAAGAGACACUCUCUUCCUCAGCAAGCUGCUAAGACUCUUCUCUAGAACUUCAAUCUGGAAAUACAUAGAACUUUAUCUUUGGAUGGGAGGCAAAAAAAAUAGAUAUAUUUUCACAACAUUCAGUGCACAGAGAUAUUACAGAGAUUAUUAUAUACAUUUUCCUCCUUCCCAGGAAUUUAGUUUACUUACCCUAGCUUCAAACCAAAUGCCCAAACUGCUUAAAUACCUUUUUUCACUGCCCCCCCCCCAGAAGAAAGAGAAGAGGCAUGUUUUCAUGAAGUAAACCCACAGAUCCUCCCAAACUUAACCUCACAACUUUAGAAAGUAACUUUAUCAGAGAAACCCAUUCUUUGUUUAUAGGUCUCAGCUCUCCUUCUCAGCUUCCAGGGGUUAUCUUUUGAAAUGUUAAUGAAGCCCUGUUUGUUCAGAGGGCAGCCUGUGUUGCUGAGGUCCCACUCAGACCCUAGAGUCCAUUUGGACCCACUGGAGUGGGCCAGGGUAGUAGUAAUACACCCCCCACCACCCCCACCCCCCCCCCCCCCCCCCCCCCCCCCGCCACACACACACACCUAAGCCACCUAGGGCAGGGGAGGAAGUGAGUUUCCAUCUGGGAAGGAGCUCUGGGGGAAGCUCCAUGUAGAAUGGCCCAGUUUCCAUUUGCCUUGAUUUGUUUCAAGUUUGUUCAACCCACAUAUAAGCCAGAAGUGUUUGUUUGGGUGUCUUUCUUUUUUAAAAAGCUGUGUGGGGGUCUUGACUGGGGUGAGGUGGGGGUGUGUGUGAAAUGUUUGCUUGAGGACCUGGCACCUCAAGACUCCCAUCUCACAUUGUCCAUUGCGACCUUUUGCUGGGAGAUGACAUUGUCAGUCAGCCCUCUUGUGUCUGGAUGCUUUUUUUUAAUAGAAUUGACCAAUGUUCUGCUGCCAUUGAUUAAAGUAUUAUUUAUACUAAUUGUUGCCUGUAGUUUUGAUGUAAUUCAUUGAUCUAUAUUUGACAUACUUGAUGUAAUAAAAGGUGUAGUGAAAUCUC